AUGGCGGCGGCAGGUCCGAGUACUCGGGCCUCUUCCGCGGCGGCAGCGGCCGCUCUGAGUCGGCGGGGCCGGCGGGGCCGCUGUGACGAGAUGGCGGCAGCUAAGACUGGGGCCCCAGGCCCGGCUUCUGGACCUUCGCUGUUGGUGUUGUCGCCGCCGUUGCUGCAGCCGCCGCUGCCGCCGCGGCCGGAGGAAUCGGGGUGCGCCGGGUGCCUGGAGCCCCCCGGGGAAGCAGCGGCCCUGCCGUGCGGCCACUCGCUUUGCCGAGGCUGCGCCCAACGCGCCGCCGACGCGGCGGGCCCGGGUUGCCCUCGCUGCCGCGCCCGCGGCCCAGGCUGGGCCCGCCGUCGGGCCCGCGACGACGGCCAGGCCGACGCAGAGGUGCUGGGCGAGUGCGCCCGCCGCAGCCAACCCGAGCGCUGCCGCCCGCGCCGGGACGGGGGCGCGGCUGCCGCGGGGCCCGGGGCAGAGCAGGAGCCGCGUGCCACGCCUGCGGAGCCAGGUGGAGAUUUCCCACUUCCCCUUGGGGUCUGGAGCGAGGCCGAGCGCGCCCCGGCCUGGCCUGACUUUAUAUUCAGAGCACCAAUCAAAGUAAGCAAGCCUGGGGAACUUCGUGAGGAAUAUGAAAGCUUGAGAAAGCUGAGAGAAGAAAAGUUACAAGAGGAAAAACCCUCUGAAGAUCAAAUCCACAAGCUGUUACCAGAGGAUACAGAAACAGGGAAAAGGAAAAUGGAUGAACAGAAAAAAAGAGAUGAACCAUUAGUACUGAAAACAAAUCUGGAACGUUGUCCUGCACGUCUCUCAGAUUCAGAGAAUGAAGAACCUUCUCGAGGCCAGAUGACACAGACACAUCGCUCGGCAUUUGUUUCCAAGAACAACUCCUACUCCUUAGCUUUCCUGGCAGGGAAGCUAAACUCCAAGGUGGAAAGGAGUCAGAGCUGUAGUGACACAGCCCAGGAAAGAGUGAAGAGCAGAGUCAGAGCAGCUCCAGGCAACAAAGCCAAGGUCACAACUAUGACUCCAGCCUCCAACCCCAUCAUUGGUGUCCUCUUGUCAACUCAAAACAACCGCUGCCUCUCAGCCCCUGACUUAACCAUCGAAAAGCGUCUACCCUUCAGCUCCCUUUCAUCCUUGGCUUCCCUGCAUAAGCCAGAGCGUUCGAUCAGCCCUGAGAGCAAUGACAGCAUCUCCGAAGAACUAAACCAUUUCAAGCCCAUUGUCUGCUCACCGUGUACCCCUCCCAAGAGACUCCCUGAUGGCCGUGUGCUAAGUCCCCUCAUCAUCAAAUCAACUCCACGCAACCUAAACAGAAGCCUGCAGAAGCAGACAUCUUAUGAGGCCAGUCCACGGAUCCUCAAAAAGUGGGAACAGAUCUUUCAGGAGCGGCAGAUCAAAAAGACCCUUUCAAAAGCCACUCUUACCUCUCUGGCUCCUGAAAUGGGGGAAGAGUUACUAGGCUCUGAAGGUAUCCAUUCUAGCAAGGAGAAGCCGCUUGUGGCUGUAAAUACAAGAUUGUCUGGUGGGCAGGUCCUCUCUGAGUAUACUGGACCUACCUCUGCUGAUCUUGAUUAUUUCCCCUCUGUUAGCCAAACAAAAGCAGAACAGGACAGUGAUAAUAAAAGUAGCACUGAGAUCCCACUGGAAACCUGCUGUUCCUCAGAACUCAAAUGGGGAGGCAGUGGGACUUCUUUGGAGAGGGAGCAGUUUGAGGGAUUAGGAUCAACUCCAGAUGCCAAGUUAGACAAAACCUGUAUAAGCAGAGCCAUGAAAAUCACCACAGUUAAUUCAGUGCUACCCCAAAACAGUGUUUUGGGUGGAGUCCUCAAAACAAAGAAACAAUUGAAGACAUUAAAUCAUUUUGAUCUGACUAAUGGUGUUCUAGUCGAGAGCCUAAGUGAAGAGCCACUUCCUUCUUUGCGUCGAGGCCGAAAAAGACACUGCAAGACCAAGCACUUAGAACAAAAUGGCUCCCUUAAAAAACUGCGACAAACCAGCGGUGAGGUGGGUCUGGCCCCAACAGACCCAGUCCUGCGAGAGAUGGAGCAGAAACUUCAGCAAGAGGAAGAGGACCGACAGUUGGCUUUGCAGUUGCAGCGCAUGUUUGACAACGAGAGGCGGACUGUGAGCCGGCGAAAAGGAAGUGUGGAUCAGUAUCUCCUACGGUCCAGCAACAUGGCCGGGGCCAAGUAGCACCUAAUGAACAGUGUUACCUGUUUUUAAAAGGUCUUAGGCCUUGAUCGUUUAUCCUGAAGAGCUGAGUGUUCUCACUUUGGUUUUAUUUUAAUGGCAAAACACUGUCUAAUAUGGUUCUGAGAGGUUCCAGGGCCUUUGUAGUCAACAUCCAAGGGAACAGCAUCUCCGUUUCUCUGUGACCCAGGCCAGAAGCCUGAGUGACCCAUCCCUAAGGGCUUCUGGGCCAAACCUGGCAGCACCCACUGGGAAUGAAAUUUGGAACAGCCUCAUUCAGGAGCAUAAUGACCACAGUAAUGGUAAAGAGGGGAUACCUUCUUAAACUGAUAGACUUCCUGGCUUCUUUCAGCAGGGUAUUGUUUUAAAUCAGCCUUGCAGAUAAAAAUUAAUUCCAUCUUUUUCAAAGAAGUGAACAAUUUAGUUCCUUGGCAGAUCCAAAAUGAUAGAUGGUUAUGUUACUCUUUCUGCCGUCCCUUGCCAAAAAUAAAUACCUAUCUUUAUCAGUUAAGCUUAUGCCUUUACAAAAGUUAAUUUACAUUCUCUGUUUAAAAAAUAGUAUUUGGUGAAUGCUAUAUAGUUGACAGAGCACAUUUACAGACAUUAUUUAAUUUAGUCUUUCCAAGAGACCUCUCAUGUAACUGGCAUUAGCCCCAUUUUUAGAUGAUGAAACUGUAGUGCAGAUGUUCCGGUUCUCUCAGCUACUAAGUGGCAUAACCCAUGGAUUUUCUAAAGGUUUCCCAAAUAGAUCACAACCUAAGGGUGUGCCAGGGGAGCCUAGGGGAAGCUAGGCUGGGCAUUGAACACUGACAGUGCAGAAUCCACAUGCAAACAAGAUUGAUGGGGUGGAUAAACAUAUACUGUGCAUUAUCCUCAUCCCACACAGUUUAGACCCUUCUGCUUUUCUAGGGGUUUCAGCCUAUGAGACAAACUAUAAUCAGGCCUCAUUAUUACUUUUCACAUGGCCAAGGGUUAUCUGCAGUGUUGAUCUAAAAUGCUAAAAAUUCACCCUGAAGUCAGGCAAGGAACAAUACUUAAACUCCAUACUAUGGAAACAAGGUAUCUAGCUGGAUGCAGCUGGUAAAUUCAGUCCCAUGGACCUUUGGGGGUUUAUUUUCCUUAGCAGCUGACACCAUGUGUCUUUUGCAUCCCUGGUGGUGCUUGGUGCUUCUGCCCAUCUGGGCUCAUUGAGAAUAGGGAUCAAGAUAUGAUUUUAGGGAAUUUCUGAUGGGCUGGCAUUCCUCGUGUAUGUAUGAGUUGUUACUAUAAAGUCAUGUGACUGGCAUUUUAACAGACCUUCCAGAGCUUAUAUAUCCCAAUAUAUGUUGUCUCCUUUGAGUAGCCCCAGCAGGAUACUGCUUAGUUUUUCCAGUGCCAUUGGUGAAAGUAUUUCUGGAACUGUCUUCAAAGACUAGAAACACCGACUCCCAAAAUGCUAGAACUGGAAGGGACCUUAAUGGUUAUCUAUUCCAGCCUCCUCCUAAGGUGGUCCUCAGCUUCUAGACCUAGAAGUCAAAGUCCAAACAGUGACCCAUUGAUCAAGGCAGAAAGUAUAACAACUCCUUUUAAGUGUUCUCAGAUUUGCCUUUUCUCAGGGCAAAUCUUCAGUGUUUUGUGGUGGUUUGUGGUUAGGAGAGAGAAUUUAAAGUCUGAGACUAGCCAGCAGCUAGUUGAACCCUCUGGGAAAGAAGGUGGCUUAUCAAGUGGGUUUGCAGUAAUGAGUGCUGCUGUAAAGCAGAGCCAUUUUCUUGUGCAGCUCAUAGUUCCCAGUUCCCAAAGAGAAGUUCCAGAGAUGUCUUAAACAUUGUGGUCAUCACUGAGAUAGGUAGAAUCUCUUUGGUGACUACUUUGGUGGGGAACAUCACUCAUCUGAAUGUAUGCAUUCUGUGUUGUGUGCGUGUGUAUGCACAUGUGCAGAUGUAUGUUUUAAAAACAUAUAUCAAUCUCAUGAUUUUAUAGUCACACCACUUCAGUUCUAGGCCCUACCAACAACUUAUGUCCUCCAAGGGCUGCUGAAGGGCGUGUUUGUGCCCAAAACAGAAGAGCUGGCUCUGGUUUACAGAAGACAGGGAGGGUGACCUUACUAUAAAUGCCCUUAGAGGAAACUUAUCAGUUACUGCCAUUUCACGCAUUUCCUUUUUGAUCUUAGUAAAUAUUAUUGGAAGGCUAGUCUUGUUGGUAGGAGCAAAGACACUUAUUUUUCCACUUGCCAUCUUUUUCUAUAUCUCCAGUAAUUUGAAAAACACUUUUCAGUUGGAAUUGAUUUUUGUCUUUGGUAAAAAGAAAUAUUUUUAAUAGAUAAAAGAUAUAUAUUUUAAAUAUUUCCCCAAAUUAAUACUUUCAUUUUAAGAAUUGCACAGCAGUCGCAACAAGUGCAGAAUGAAGAACAAAUUCUUGUUAAGCAAAUAUUCCAAACUGUAGGUCCAGCUUACUGCCUUCCCACCUUGUACCUACAGUGAUGCCUAGGAUGGUAUUGACAGUUGUUUUCUAAACUUCCUGCUGAGCAACAGUCUUUCAAAUAUAGGUAGAGUGGUCUAGGUUAAGGAGGGAGGAGGGUUGAUCUUUAAUCAGGUUGCCUUUAGAGGAAGGAAAAACCACUAAGGUAUUAUCUGUAUUUUAAGAUGCUUCCCAUCCUUAAUAACUAAAACCUGAAUGCUUUUUCUUUCUGAAAAGUCUCCCUCUCUCCUUCCAUGAUUGUGAAGUCGGUUAAAAGUCGAUAUGUUGAUAUGGAUUAUUUGGGGGAAAAGAAAAGGACAAGGAAGGAAACAGAACGAUGGGAAGGGUUUGUGAGCAAGAACAAGAGGUGCAGGAUUUCACAAAACAAAUUCCUCACGAAUCAUUGCAGUCCAGUUCACCAUACAAAUUACCCAUGUCUUACUCUGUUCCUUGUAUAUAUAUGCAGUCUGGGCUUUUUUCUUAUUAAAGGGGAAGUUAUGAGAGGUGGGAGGGUGAAGGUCAGUCUGAGGGGAAAUCCAAGAAAUGUGGUGCCCUUAGAAGGGGGCUGUCAGCUCUUGUCCAUAGAGAGGGAAAGAUACUUUGAGAAAAUGUUCGUGACCCAUUGAUUGUAUCUGCUGGAAGAAGUCAUCUGGGCCUGUUGGGUUGGUAUCAGAUCAGGGGAUUAUGCAUCCAGCCCCUGGCCCCUUUGAUAUAAUUAAUUGCCUGUUUUUAAAAAAGGUUAAGUCUUCUUGGGUGUGGCUUGCCGGGGAAACUCCUAAGUGGCUUCACUUAUUUUUUAAAUUUUAAUUUAAUUUUUAAAUUUUUGCUUGGAAGAAGCACUGGUAAUAAAUGUUUUAUUUUUUGUUCAUUUUCCCUAAAGGAAAAAUGUCCUUAAGAGAUUAAAGCUUUUAAUUGAUUACUGUCUGGUUACAAACUGACAAACUGGCAAACUGACUAAAAUGGGAAGCUGCUACUGUGCCUGACUCAUGCAGCUGAUGACCGAAGGCUCAUCCUUUCUUUUCUAUUUGACAAACAAACAAACAUUUACUGAGCUUCAAACUUGUGCCAACCCUGGGCUGGACUGUGGAGAUAAAGCAGUUCCUGCUCUUGAGGCGCUCAAUGUCUAAUGGAAUGCAUCUGAGUGUAUGUGUGGCUGGAGAGUUCGUUUAUGGUCUUAGGAAAGCCAUUUCUGGUCCCAUUUAGAAAACUGACCAGCACCCAGCAAGCUGCAUUCUACAUUUUAGAGACCCCAUCGGUAUUUGUGAAUUUGAUUGCACAAUUGCUUUUCCUUUACUAAGUAAUGUUAUGGAAGGAGAAUGAAUUUUCUCCUCUAGUGAUUACAGGACAUCAUUAACAUCUCUUCAGAAACUGCUUUUAGCUUAAGCCCCAAGAAGUGAGGUGGGUUGUGGAUCACUGACAUGGCCAGGGGAGGCCCACACCUCAAUUUAGUAACCUCCUAAUCUCUCUGAGCUGGCAGCAACUUGGGAUUCCUUUCCUUUUUCCUGCCUAACUUUUCAUUGAAAUAUCUAGUAGGAGAGUGGGAAAAGAGAAGAAUCAAAGGCUGGGUCACAGUCAUAGAAUGUUACAGCUGGAAUGGGCAUGGAAAUCAUCCAAGUAAGUUAAACUUCUUCUCUGCCCCCCCCGCACCCCCACCUUUUUUUUUAACCAAACGAGGAACUUGUGAUCCAGUACCCUAUUUUAUAGUGUAGUUUUCCAGGGUCUGAAUAAAUAAUCGUUAAAGUUUGACACACGCAGAUACAUGCACCAAUGAUGAGGAUACCCCCAAAUGACUUAGGAGGCUUUUAUUUUAAUAGCUUUUUCUUCCUGAUUUUUUUUUCAGUUAAAUGUACCUAUAGCCCCUGAAUACAUGCUCAGGUAGAGAAAGUUUCCAUAGUAUAAGUAAGUAAAGUAAGAUGAAUGUGGAAUCUUGGAAAGUGAUAUAUUUUGAUUGGAAUAAUUUUAAUUAAAUUUAAUGUUUUUAAUUAAGAAUUAAAAGCCAGCUAGCCAAAUUUUCUUUAAAAAUUGGAAACUCAUUAUGGUCUUAAAUUGUUCUCAGCCAGACUUUUCCUCAUCAACCCAUUGAGUGGUCUUUUGAACUGGUACCUAAACAUACCUGGUUAUGAAUUCUCAAAAGAGAAAGCAGGUCUGGGGCGGGGUGGUCAGGGGGCAGAUUCUAGGGAAAGUGCUGAAGAGAUUUUCUUCUGAAGAUGAUCUAGGAAAUGCAUCUUUAUACAUGAUUGUUACCCGCUGUAGCUUUCUGAAGAUAUUGUAGGAAAGAGACUAAGAUAAAUGCAAGGGUCACCAGUUUAGAGAUUAGUCAAAUUGGAAAAAAAGUGCCAAGACUGGAUGUGCAGAUUGUUCUAUGUAUUAUCAGUAUUUGUUUUUUCCUCUUAAGGAAAAAAUUUAUACUCUCUCCUUUGUGAGUAAAUGCCUCCUUAAUGCCUUUUAAGUAAGGUGGCAACUUUUAACUGUCAUCUUGUGAGAGGCAACCUCAAACUCUUAAGCAGACUCCCUCUCUUCCUUUCUGGUGUCUUAAAUCAAGAACUAGUUUGAAGCCAAGGCAAAGCAAAGUUUGUUCAUCUUCCUUUCCUAUCAAUCAUUUAAUAUAAGGUAAAAUAGGCCAUGAACUCGCUCUUCAAAUACCAUAGUUCAAGAGUAGCUGUUGGCCCUGGUUCCAGAUUAAUAUAGCAGUAGGCAGAUUGCCCCUUGUUGGGGCCACCACCCUCUAAAGCUGUGCCACCAAUGACAGCAGGGGUUCUUCCUCAUUGGGUUCAAGUUUGCAUCAAACAUGGUAUUACCAACGCUGAGCCUCCAGCAGAGCACUUAAAAGUCCUAGUGAGAAAAUAGAUACUAUGCAAAGGAAAACAAUUUAAAUGCCAACGAAUAGAUUUUUUUUUUUUUUGAGCCUGAUAUACUGUUUACUCUCAACUCUUUGUACAAAUAUUGUCCAAAGGGCCUUUUCCCCUCCUGCCUAGAAAAUAGGUUGUGUAUUGGUUUUAUUCAACCUGCUGUCUGCUUUAGGAUUGGAGAAGGUACCUGGAUCCUUGUGGACUGCCACUGCUGGCUGCCUCCUCUCCAACUCAUCAGAAGAGCAUUUUGACAAAGACAGAGGACUUGGACCAGGGCAUGCCCUGUUGGGGAUGCUUCUGUCAGCAAGGACAUGGCAUGGAAUCAAGUGGGCUGAUGUGUUAUUUAAACAGUACCAAAGUGCAUUCUUCAAUGUAUGUUUGCCUGCUUAAGGCGAGGCCCAAGUUGAGAAUACAGUAAAGGAAACUCAUGAAAGUCGA